GUCAGUGAGUGUGUAUGGUGUGUGUAUAAAAGCCUUUCUCUCCAUGCUCCCACUUCACUCUGAGCUCUUCAUUGCAUUGCAGAGGAUAAGCGCAAGGCUGAAGACAGUGGAGGGGAUACAACCAAUGGAGGUCCCUGUCAGGCAUUUCCUUUGACCUUCCCUCUCUUUCUUCCUCUGUCACCUCUCCCUCACUUUCUUCUCUUUUCCCAAUGUGUUGUGCGCUCCCCUCCUUUCCUCCCCAUCCCUCCACUCAUUAAACGUGUCCGCUCUGCUUGGACGGUGGCUGCAUUGAUGCAAAAUGGGUUGUGGCAAUUCCUCAGCCACCAGCACCACAGGAGGGGGGCCGGCAGAAGCCUCCAAAGAUGUGACAGAAGAUCCCUCAGCAGAAGAUGAGAAAAGAAGGAACUAUGGUGGCGUGUAUGUAGGUCUGCCAGCAGACCUGACCACUGUGGCUGCUAGUCAGUCCAAGGCUACACGUAAAGAUUAGCAACCAUUAAAGGAAACACAACACAGGAUCCUGCAUAUUAAUUUAUGUAAAAACAGUCACAUUAGAAGCAAAGAGCAUUUAAACCCUCUGAUUAUGGCCCACCACAGACUGAAUUAAGUCUCAGGCAUUAACACUUGCAUUAAGCGAAGCUGUGGCUAGUCUGCUGAGGCUCAGGGGAUGUUCCCUCAUGGAGUAAUGGGUGGCAAAGUAAAACAGGGAUGCACAUCAGAGGUCUUCAAGCAGAUUGUGUCAUCAUCCUUUACUUUGCAAGUACUAGACAAGCACCCAUUCUGGGACUGGCAGCUGUGGGCAGUGGCACCGGACACGACGACAGUCAUCUUGGCUUCUCGGUCAAUUCACUGGAAAUUUCUCUUUCUCAGGAGGAGACAGAGGAUUCAGCCAACAUACUAAAUAACUGUGUGGGGCUCAUACACCCCCAAUAGCCCUCUGCAAUAAUAAUCACUGCUCAGUUAUUUCUCUAAAACACCAUCAAUGAUUGAUUGUGUGGCAGAGACAGAGUGUUAGAGAGAGACAAACCGGAGUUUCGCAAAAAAAAGCAGCAAACACAUUCC